AAAUUCAGUUCAAAGUAUUUCAAAAAGUAUUCCGUAUGCUUUUCUUAGAACAACCAGGGCUGCUUCUCUAACCUUCGAGUACAGAAGGAGAUGGAUUCAUAACUGCUAAGAAGAGUGUGCACAAAAUUAUAAUUCAGUAGAAAACAAAGAACGCCAUCCCGCCUAUAGUUUAAGCUGGCGAUUACAGUCUUGGACACAUUCCUAUAUGCCAAGAGACAAAAAAACUGUUUAAUGGAAAGAAACUUCCUUCCUAUUGCAAGUCAGUUAGUGAGCCAAAGUUAGCAGAUGAGUUAAUAAAUACACAAGUACAUCUACAGUGAAGUGAAAACAGUGAAAGUCCUCCGAGUUUAAAAAAAUGUCAAAACUGAUAUGUUUCGAGGAAGGCAGGCCACAUAGUCCAUCCGGCAACUGGCUCAGGGAUGAACUGAACUUUUUUUCCCCCGGCUUUCCAGAUCUACCCAGGGAGGGCCUCCCGGUAGGUCAAUGGGGCGGAGAAGCAAACGGCCCCUCCCUUGGUUACCUGCUGCUUGUCUCAGGUUCAGCCUCUUCCUCUCCCUGUAACCUCCUGGGUGCUUAUUAACUCCAGUUCAGGAAGACAUUUAGCAGGGGAAAGAACGAAGUCUUUUGUAUUGGGAGCAGCUUUCUGAAUUCAGCCUCCUUCCACUAUACCUAUUCUACUAGGGCAGAGACUGCUAGCUCCACCAGAAAAUCCACUGCUACCUUGUCUUACUUUAGGCAAGACUCCAUCAUGUACAGUAGGCCUGAAUUCCCCAACAUCUUUUAUAUUUAUGACAUUACAUACACUGAUUACAUACUCUUGGGAUAUAAUUGCCUUUAAUUAUGUUGCAUUUAGUACUGGUGUUGAUUCUCCUGUAGUGAUAAUUAAAUGGACUGCCUUGCACUCAUUUAUCGUGAAUUCUUUCUCCCUCCCCCCAAAAAGGAAGAAAGACAAAUAGUUGUGAGCAAGGAAGAUAGGACAGAAGGAGAAAAAGGACCCAAAAGCAGAAGCAGAAGUGCACACAUUGCAACUUGCAGUGAAGAACAACGAUGUUAGAUAUGCUUCCUGUUCCUGUAUUAGUGCUCAGCAACUUGGAACUGCCUGUUUGCCUCACUUCUUUCUGCCCUGACCUACCAACACGGACUGAUCGUGGAGCAGACUAUGAAUGUGUGAUGGGCAGUGGAAACGCAUGAGGUAGAUGGAUAGAGUCAAAAAAGGAGAAUUCACAGCUGGAAAGUCUGGUUGAGACAUCAAACACUCAUUUUGCUUUUAUUCUCAUCUUAAAAGAAACUUCAGUUAAUUUUUCAAUUGUUUUCUUAACUGGACCUUUGAUUUUGCCACUGGUCACCUGGGAAAUAAUGAGCAGGUGGUUUCAUCGUGACCUGAGCGGCAUAGAUGCUGAGGCCUUACUCAAAGCACGAGGAAUUCAUGGCAGCUUUCUGGCUCGGCCCAGCCGGAAGAACAAGGGGGACUUUUCCCUUUCAGUCAGGGUUGGUGAUGAGGUAACUCACAUCCGUAUCCAGAAUACUGGGGAUUAUUAUGACCUCUACGGAGGAGAGAAAUUUGCUACUUUAUCAGAACUGGUGGAAUAUUAUACACAGCAACAGGGAUCCCUGCAGGAUAAAGAUGGCACCAUCAUAGACUUGAGGUAUCCACUCAACUGCUCUGAUCCCACCACAGAAAGGUGGUACCAUGGACAUCUUUCUGGUCCAGCAGCUGAGGCUUUACUCCAAGCCAAAACUGCACCAUGGACCUUCUUAGUGCGUGAGAGCCUUAGCAAGCCUGGUGAUUUUGUGCUGUCUGUCCUGACUGACCAGCCUAAACCUAGGACUGAUGUCACUGGCGCCCACAGCCAAGAACGACUUAAGGUUACUCAUAUCAAGAUUAUGUGUGAGAAAGGGCAGUACACAAUUGGGGGUACAGCAAGAUUCCUCAGUUUGACUGACUUAGUGGAACAUUUUAAAAAGAUAGGAAUUGAGGAGGCAUCUGGAUAUUUUGUGUAUUUGAGACAGCCUUUCAAUGCCACUCGAGUGAAUGCAGCUGACAUUGAAAACAGAGUGGAAAUGCUCAAAAGGAGGAGUCAAGCAGAAGAGGCGAACAAAGGUGGUUUCUGGGAGGAGUUUGAUAGCCUGCAAAAACAAGAGACAAAGAACUUGUAUGAUCGACAUGAGGGUCAAAGACCAGAAAAUAAGAGCAAGAAUCGCUAUAAGAAUAUCUUGCCCUUUGACCACUCCAGAGUCAUUCUUCAAGACAGAGAUGUGAAUAUUCCUGGGUCAGAUUAUAUCAAUGCCAACUACAUCAAAAACGAGCUGAUCAGUCCGGAGGAAUGCAGUAAAACCUAUAUUGCCAGCCAAGGUUGCCUGGAGGCCACCAUUAAUGAUUUCUGGCAGAUGAUAUGGCAAGAAAAUUCACGCAUCAUUAUGAUGACCACUCGGGAAGUGGAGAAAGGAAGGAAUAAAUGUGUUCCCUACUGGCCAGAAGUAGGAAGCAGCAAAGAGUAUGGGCCAUAUAUUGUGGAAAAUAUUGGAGACCGUGAGGCGAUAGACUAUAGACUCCGACAACUUCGGCUUUCACCAAUCAAUAAUGAUGAGGCUGUGAGAGACAUCUGGCAUUAUCAAUACCUGAGCUGGCCAGACCAUGGAGUGCCCAGUGAGCCUGGAGGAGUUCUUAACUUCCUUGAUGAAGUCAGUCGGAUGCAGGAGAGUGUCCCAGGAGCUGGACCUAUCAUAGUGCACUGCAGUGCUGGGAUUGGUCGCACUGGGACCAUCAUUGUCAUUGAUAUGACUGUGGAUAUGAUUUCCACCAAAGGACUGGACUGUGACAUAGAUAUCCCCAAGGCCAUUCAAAUGGUCCGGUCGCAGCGCUCAGGAAUGGUGCAGACUGAAGCUCAGUACAAGUUCAUCUAUAUGGCCAUAUGCCAAUUUAUAGAGAUCACCAAAAAGAAGUGGGACAUCAUGCAGUCUCCAAAAGGAAGACUAAAUGAAUCAGAAUAUGGGAAUAUCACCUACCCACCUGCCCAGAAGACCUCACACCCAAAGGUUUCUAGAAAAUCUUCCAGGCAAAGGGAAGAACCAACCCUCUAUGAGAAUUUAGACAAUGUGAAAGGAAAAAAGGAAGAGAAGGGUCAAAAACCAUGGCCAUCUGGGAAAGAAAAGAAACCUAAAGGCUCUUUGAAGAAAAAGUAACCAUCAUUGGCUCCAUUCGCAGUGAACAUUUGUCCUUGCUAAUAAUUUUGUCUAGAGGCUUACAGAAUUGUUUUUGUCACUGCAUGGAAAACCCAGGUGGCACUUUCUCCUUUCAUCAGUGCAUUCUCUAUUGUCCCUUGGUCCCUUACCUAUAUUAUUUUAAAUUAUCUUAGGCAUCUUAGAUGUUUAUUUUAUUUUCAUGUAGAAUCUUGCUCCCACUGCAAUUGUGCAGAUUGUGGUUCUCAGCCACCAGUUUAUUGCCUUGACUCCUUCAUUAUCUCCUAAACUUCCCCAUCUUUCAGCGUAUCUACUAGCUACAGUAGAUCUGCUGUUUUCGAGUCUGCGCAAAGUGCCUUCUUCAGUCUAGGUACUAAAACAUCUGCUUAUGUUCCCCAGACCUCUCCUAAAAGGGCCUAGUCCUUCCCAUUUUUUAGAAUGUACCCCUUACUACGUGGUACAAAGCUGAGUAUGGAGCUGGAGCUGGCAAACCAUGCACUUUCGCUUUGGGCCAUUCCACUUAUUGGACCCAGAGGCUGAAUACAGUGCUUUUCAAUAAGCAUUGCUUCCGUAGCUUAAGCUUUCUAAUCUAGUUUCUUCCUACUUUUUGUUUGAAACUUCAUCAGAUCAAAGCUGACCAUGUUCCAUUUACAGCUGGGAGCCACAAGCUCAACAGCUAUCUGUUUAUUCACCAACCUUUUGCAAUUGCACUCUGUAAAUAAUACAUUGGGUUGCUUUACUCUGUAAAUAAACCAGAUAUUAUUUGGUA